GUGUUUCCGAGGGGAGGGUCUAAAGCUACAACGACGAACUUCCCUGAAGACGCCGACAGUGCUUGCACAUACGAAGGAUGGAGUUGAGGCCACUUGUUAUGUGCUUUGCUCUCUGUGUGGUUUACGCCACCAGCAAACCCACAGAGAAGAAGGACCGUGUUCACCACGAUGAAACCCUCAGUAACCGAGAGCACGAUGAUGCGGAGAACUUUGACUAUGACCAUGAAGCAUUUCUGGGACAGGAGGAGGCCAAGACCUUCGACCAGCUCACACCAGAGGAGAGCAAGGAGAGGCUCGGCAUGUUGGUUGAACGUAUAGAUGAGGAUAAGGAUGGCUAUGUGACAGUUGAGGAGAUGAAGAAGUGGAUCAAGCAUGCCCAGAAGAGAUGGAUCUACGAUGAUGUUGAUCGACAAUGGAAGAGUCAUGACCUCAACGGGGAUGAAAUGGUGUCCUGGGAGGAGUACAAGAACGCCACUUAUGGAUACAUUCUUGAUGACCCUGACCCAGAUGAUGGCUUCAGCUACAGACAGAUGAUGGCUCGUGAUGAGAGAAGAUUCAAAAUGGCCGACCAAGACAAUGACAUGAAAGCCAACAAGGAGGAGUUCACAGCUUUCCUUCACCCCGAGGAGUAUGACCACAUGAAGGACAUUGUAGUGCUGGAAACAAUGGAAGACAUUGACAAGAAUGGAGAUGGUUUAAUUGAUCUGGAUGAGUACAUAGGUGACAUGUACAACCAGGAGGGAGACUCUACAGAACCAGAGUGGGUGAAGACAGAGAGGGAGCAGUUCACUGAAUUUAGAGACAAAAACAAAGAUGGGAAGAUGGACAAGGAGGAGACCAGAGACUGGAUCCUGCCCAAUGACUACGAUCAUGCUGAGGCUGAGGCCAAACAUCUGGUCUAUGAGUCAGAUGCAGACAAAGAUGGCCGUCUGACUAAGGCAGAAAUCGUGGAGAAGUAUGACCUGUUCGUGGGCAGCCAGGCGACCGACUUCGGAGAGGCCCUGACUCGACACGACGAGUUCUAACAUCCACCUGCUUCCAAAGACUUUGUGUUCAUCUUGUGUACCCCAGCUUACUCCUCUGACAGUAGAUGGGAGUAUUUCAAACAAGAUGAGCUCCUCGCCUAAUCCAACGCCACGGACAAUAAUUUAUUUGAUUUCUUGAAUGUUUCCAGUUGUACACACACUAACAUUUCAAGGAACAUGUACACGCUUGGCCAGUGUGUCCUUAUGCUCAGCUGUGUGUAAGAUUGGGAUAUAUCACCAGCCUUUGCUCUGCUUCACCCCCACUAUCCAUCUCUUUGUCCACGUCAAGCGAAGGACAAAUGGUGUUAGAUGACACUUUUUUUUUUGUUUGAAAGGAUGUCUUUUAUGAAAUAGCCAUGUUUUUGUUACGAAAACCUUGACAGAACAACAAGUUUAGACUUACAGUAUACAGAGUGGUUGGCCAUAGCAUUUCUUUUUGCAAUGCACUGGACUGUGAAGAGUAAAGCUGUUUUCUAGCCAUUAGAAUUUGUGCUACUCCUCCAUGUAAUCGGGCCCAAAACUGAAAAUGCUAGUUGCUGAUUCACUUGAACAUUGUUUUCAUGUCAUUAUUGAUCAUUUACUGCGUAGUAUAGGAUGUUUGGAGCGAGGAGUACAUAUUAAAUUUCAAUGACAAUGAAGACUAUUUGAACUAGUGCAAUACAGUAUCAUCAGAGGGACCAUGCUGUGUUUGCUAAAAUGGUCCCCAAAGCAUCCAUGUUGACACAAGCUGUGGGUCCUGUAUAAGGACUGGUUGUGCUGUGUGUUAGUUGAAGGAAUCAAGAUGAUGUUGGAUGCUUUGUCCUCGAAGCUGCCUCCUUCUUUCUCAUCACCUCACCUGUGUGUGUGUGUGUGUGUGUGUGUGUGUGUGUGUGUGUGUGUGUGUGUGUGUGUGUGUGUGUGUGUGUGUGUGUGUGUGUGUGUGUGUGUGUGCAUGUGCGUGCGUGCGUGCGUGCGUGCGUGCGUGCGUCCGUGUGUGUGUGCGUGCGUGUGUGUGUGUGUGUGCGCGUGUGUGUGUGUGAGAGAGAAUCUAUGUGUGUACACAGUAGUUCUGAUGACUGGCGCAUCCUGUUGUUUGAGGUUACGUUUUGAGUUUUGUUUGAUUCAGCUGAACUAACUCAUUUUUGUGCCAAGCAAAAAAUCUCUGUCCUUUUUUGUAAGCAGUUUGGAAAAAAAUCCUUUCCCUUCAUAAAUAUGUUUGUUAUGCUUGUAUUAUCACUACCACCAUUUAUAACCACUGUUGAUAUUUUUUAUGCUAUACUGUAUGUAUAUGACAAUGUUUUUUUACAGGCUCACUGCAGCAACAAGCCUUUCACUAGUGACUUUACUGUAAAUAAGUUGUUGGUCUGCAAACUGAGCACUCUAACAAGCAGGUCCAGUUUUUGUGAUUGAGAGGAAUGUCUCAUUAAAAACAACAAAAUAGGA